AUGGUAAUGAAACUUGACGAUUGGUUGUCAUUUCUAUAUAACAUAGUGUUUGCUUACUACAGUAUUAAAAUUCUAUAUCAUAUUAUACUACAUACCUACGUAUACUUCUUUGCUCCGCCGAAAAACCUUCAAAAAUUGGCUAGAAGUAACUGGGCUGGUAAAUUAUAUGUAUUUCUGUUUUUAAUACAAAUUAUGCUUUAACUAGGAUAAAAUUUUACAUUGUAUAAAAAGUAUUGAGCUACUAAACUCCAUAUCAAAAAAAAUUUUUGUUCGACGAAAAAUUACAAAAAUCUACAUACAACAUUAUUAUCGUCACAACACUAUCAGUUGUUAUUAAUAAAUAUUAUAAAAGGCUCCCACUUUCAGCCGUAACAGGAGCAACAGAUGGAAUUGGAAAAGGUUAUGUUACCGAACUAGCUAAACGUGGUUUCAAUGUGAUUUUAAUCUCUCGGAAUCCACAGAAACUAGACGAUGUAAAGUAUUCAAUGCGCCUCGACUUCCCCAAUGUUCAAUUUGAGACUAUCAGCUUUGACUUCUCUACAACAUCAGUUGAUGAAUAUAAAAGAGUUUUUGGAGACAAACUUCACAAAAUUGGAUUAUUGGGUAUAAAUUUAGUUUAAAAUUUGAUAAGCUAUACAAUAUUAAAAAAAUAUCCAAACAAGAAUAACUUCUGUGAAGUACAGCCGUCGUAUGUUACAUAUGACGAGAUUCUACCCUAAUAACUCACUAUAAACUCCUUUUCAUAGCACAUUAUUAUGAAAUCAAUUGCAGUAAACAACGUAGGAUGUUCAUACACAGUACCAGACAAGUUUCAUCUAAUUUCGGGCACAGAAGUCAAAAACAUGGUCAAUAUCAACAUGUUCAGCACCAUGAUAAUGUGCAAAUUGGUACUAAAACAAAUGGAAGAAAGAGGAAGUGGGAUUAUUGUAAACGUUGGAUCCGCUUCUGAAUCCCUCAACUUUGCCUACUACUCCGCUUACUGUGGCAUCAAGGUCAGGAUUUUAAGAUUUAUAGUGAUAUAGCUAGAAUAACAUACGUAUGGUUUAUACCUAAAAAAUUUAAAAAAAAAUUAACUCACUUUUAAAUUCCAAAUUCAUCUUAUAAACUCCAAAUUCAAUCUAUCACGUUUCAGAGAGGACUCCGCCGCUUUUCCGACUCCCUCCGUGUAGAAUACCCUAUGUUAACCAUACAAUACACCAUGCCUGGUUGGGUGGCUACCAACCUCAGCAAAACCAAUGCUUUGUCGGUUACUGUGCGAACAGCUGAAGAAUACUCAGAAGCUGCUGUAAAAACAAUUGGCUAUUGCCACACGACAAGGGGAUUCUGGAGCCAUCAACUACAGUUUGACAUCCUGGAAUCUCUACCUUGUUUUAUCACUGAUCCGUUGUUCGAGUUGAUUUUACGCAUGAAAAAGUAUGAAAACCUGGAAUAUAUCACAAAAACUGAUGGCAAUAACACCUAUCAUAAAGUUAAGUAAUAAUACAUUUAUCUGAUUAUCUUAUCCUUCCAGUUAUGACUGAAUUACUUCGGCCUACAUUUUUCGUAAAUUUUUAAUGUUGUCCUUAUAUUAUGAUUCAAAUUUAAUGUUUCACUUCAACUAGACCAUGUAAACCACACCAUUUUCUUUCUAAACAUACCAUAAAUUGCCAAAUGUCCCACCAAAAUACCUUAUAUUUGUCCAGUUUUCUAAAUACCUACCUGAUCAAGUGUAAUAUAAUAAACAUAUCGUAUUUUACAUUUUGGAUACUCUGUAAAUGAUUAAACAGGCUAAACCAAGCAUUGUUUUCAGUUUUUUAAAAAUAUGCCAUGGAUUUCAAAAAAGCCGUCAUCAACGAUGGAUUUUAUCGACUUGUCAAGCAGAAUUUUGUUGGGGACAAGAAUCUGUUUAUGAGUUCUGAUUGAAAACUAUAUUGACUUCUUUGGACUAUACAUCAAGAAGCUUAUCUUUAUCCUUGUUUCGGUUUUAUUUAGGUAUUUUGGUUUGUUUUUACUUAUGUUGAUGAACGCUUCAGUUUUAGGCAGCGGCUUGAUUGGUUCUGAAACCUGUAGCUCUUCGUAUUUGCUAAAGUUGACGCUUAUUUGUAUAAAAUAUUAUUGCUUAUGGUUUUGCCCUUAAUUUUCUGCAAAGUUUGGCUAGCUUUGUCUUCAAAUAUCCAUAUAAUGGAUUAUAUUGUUUUAGAUAUGCGUCGGCGCAAUGAUGUCCGGUUUCGUCGGGUUAGGAACCGAGCAUUGGAAAUGCAGGUGAGAAGACAAUUUGAAGCUAUGGGUGUAGCAAGGCGUGUCCAAGAAGCAGCAGACUUGGCUAAUUUGGAUGAAAAUCAAUCACGUUGGAGAUCCGCGCACAGGGUAUGUUAACAUUAAUUAGUUUUGUGUUUUUUAGUUAAUAAUCUAUACGUUUGUAAUCUUUUUGAAGCUGAGUUUAUGAAGAAGGUAAAAAAUUGUUUUUAAACUUUUCUACAGUAGUUUUGAUAAGAGUUUUGACGGAAAACCUUAUGGUAGUUGUUAACUCUCACUCAGCGAGAUCUUAUUCGAUGUAACUUUUUAAAUAAGAUGGCUAAAGACUUGAAACUUUGUGUUGUUUUAGACAACAUAAUAUGCAAACUACUUUAGUAAGCUUAAAUUUUUAGCUAUGUUUUAUAAAAUGUUAUCGCGAAAAACAUUAUGAUAACAUACCCUUCAAGUAGUUUAAAUUUUUGAGUCUGUUGAUAUUUCUUUAGAAUAUUUUUGAUAAUUUAAACUAAAAUUAUAUGGAUUAUUAUACUUAUUUAAAGAAAACUAUGUUUUCAGCUACCUUUGCGCUUAUUACGCUACGCAGCCAACCAAAUUACGCAUAUCAGACGUUUGAUUAGUCGAAAACAGGUAUCGUUGCCCGAGUCAAGAUCUCUGUCUGAUGCAUCGGCUACUGAUAGCGAAGUAUCUUAUGAUUCGAGGCAGAGUGGCCAUGAGCCAUGGCCCAUGUCGUCGAUCAUAGGAGAGCAUAUGACAAAGCGCGUGAGGCAUGUUAUAGAGCAACCGCCAUUGGAUGACAAAACGGUUGAUGAACAUUCUUGGAAUCCGGAAGAUUGUUCUGGCAAUUUGUUUUUUGAGGUAAUGGUUAUGUUUUAACUAGGCUUGUAGCUAGUUUAAGGUUGGUUAAAAGGUUUUUUAAUGUUAUUUAUGAUGGCUAAAAUACAGUUUUAAUUUUUUUUGUUUUGAAGGUAAUAGUGUAUAUCUAUACUAAAAAAACUUGAUUUUAUGUUUCAAAAUGAAGGUAAAUUAAUUUUAAUAAAAACAAGUUCAAAAAGUUAAUUUAGAAGGCUUGUAUAUUAAUUUAAAUGCUUCAGAACGACACCCGCACGGUGCAUCGUCAUCCAGUAGCUCAAUCUACGGAUGCGAUUCGAGGAAAGCAAGGAUAUUCUAGAGGAACACAUAUCUGGAGCAUACACUGGCCCAAGAAACAACGUGGUACACAUGCUGUGAUUGGCGUUUGUACUAAAGAACAACCUUUGCAAGCGAACGGCUACUGUAACUUGAUUGGAGGGUCGGAGCACAGUUUUGGAUACGAUAUAGGUAAGGGCGUUGUAUAAUUUGACAAGCAUAUUUCUUUAUGAAGCAUAGAAAUGAGUUUAUUUUGUUUUAGUAGCUUAUUGUUUUUAGAAAAUAAAAUAUUUUGAAAUUCAAAAUUUUAAAAUAUAAGUUACAGUAUAAAAAAUUAAAAUAUUUUCAGUACGACAAAAGUGUGUGCACGACGAGAAAAACUUCCCUCCAUGGGACUAUCCGCAGGCAAAAGCAAGAUUUGACCAUAUCUACCCAGAGACAUUGUAUUGUAUUCUGGACAUGGAAGAUGGUUCUCUGGCUUUCGCUUCAGAUCGUCAUUACUUUGGAAUUGCUUUUAAGAAUCUAAAAGGAUUGACGCUGUUCCCUGCUGUCUCUGCAGUAUGGGGCUUUUGCCAGGUCAGCAUCGCUUAUAUGGGGUCUGUUCGUAAGUUUCUUAUAUGAGGUCUGUUUGUAGGUUUUAGAGGUUAAAAUUAACAUUUUUCUCCAAUUUUUGCUAUUUAAAUAUGUUUUUUGUUGUUUCUUAAAUUCUUUUAGUGCUAUAGAGGACAGUUGUUAUAGUCUAUAGCAUUAUCAACCUUUUAAAAUGGUAAAAUACGAUGAUAAGGUGUGCAGUGUAAAAAAGAAUUAACUAUACUCAAUAAGAUUAUUUUAACUAUACUCAAUAAGAUUAUUUUAAGACAAGCCUCACACCCUUCAAGAGCUGUGUUGCCACAAGAUCAGGUCCCGUUUGGAAGAUCCAUGCGCAUUCGUUCAAAGCGUCUCUACCCUCGGCUUAUCACCAGCGGUCGAAAGGCUUUUGAGAGGAACAUUCGCACUAAACACGGCAUUCUUAAAUCUCCGGAAUCGAACCUUGAGGAAACGAAACCGUAUGGAAGCCCAAAGACUCGGGCUGAUCGUGAUGCCACCUUCUCAAAUCUUACUAGAGCCUUCUGAACAAGACGAUCAGACGGACUCCGAACCCGACGAAGUACAGAAUCCCGAGCACCAACAAAAAGAUUCGGAACACAACGAAGAACGACGCCACUACAAUGAAGAACGACACUAUGACGCCCAAAACCCGUACUCAUUUUAA